AUGAUUUUGUCAUGGAUAUUCACUUUGGCAGCUGCAAUACCGCCUACAUUAGGUCAUAGGAAUCGAAUUCAAGAUGACGAUCAGAUGAUUGUGAUUUCUGAUAGCACAGAUUCUCUGAAUCUUGAAGAUUUCGCAUUUGCAGAUAAGUUGACAAGAGAAGAACUCUUUGGGAAGCAUAUUCCAGUGGAAGUUGUGAAUGAUUUCAAAUCAGAUAUACGGUUACCAAGGAGGCAUAAAAGAAAUGGAGUAUCACGAGCAGCCAAAUUAUGGCCGAAUGCUCGAAUUCCUUACGCGAUCUCACCUCAUUAUUCUCCUCAUGAAAGAGCUCUUCUGGCUAAAGCAGUGAAACAAUAUCACGAGAAAACAUGCAUCAGAUUUGUACCGCGACAAGCUGGAGAGCCAGAUUAUCUUUUUAUUGGAAAAGUUGAUGGAUGUUUCUCAGAAGUUGGGCGAACUUCUGGAGUACAAGUGUUAUCUUUGGAUAAUGGAUGCAUGGAGUAUGCAACGAUUAUUCAUGAGAUGAUGCAUGUUGUUGGAUUCUAUCAUGAGCAUGAACGAUGGGAUCGUGAUAACUUCAUCGAUAUUAUCUGGCAAAAUAUCGACAGAGGAGCACUUGAUCAAUUCGGAAAAGUUGAUUUAUCGAAGACAUCAUAUUACGGUCAACCGUAUGAUUAUAAGUCAAUCCUUCAUUAUGAUAGCUUGGCAUUCUCGAAGAAUGGAUUCCCGACAAUGUUGCCGAAAGUUAAAUCAGCUACAAUCGGCAACGCUCGAGAUUUCUCCGACGUAGACAUAUCAAAAAUCAACAGAAUGUACAAUUGUCCUCUCGAAAAGAGUGUAACUGCUCCAUUUGCCAGAGCAAGGCACGUUCCCAUAUAUUCUCCACAAUAUCAUCACAAAUACGAGGAUCGUCCGAAGAUUCCAUUACGAUCAUUCGAUAUGCAACAGGGACCGAUAAUGCCUCCAAUGGCACAAGUUCCAUCACAAAGUCUUGUUGUUUCGAGUAGUUCUGGACGGGUUAAUUAUAAUACGAACAAGCCAUCGCCACAAUCUCAAUGUGAAGACAGAAUAACAGUCUGUUGGUGGACGGCGGAUCGUUGUAGAUCUCCUGCUAUUUAUCAGGUUAUGUCAUCUUUGUGCCCUAAGACGUGCAAAUUCUGUUAG